AUGGCACCUACGAAACAGAACGCGAAGCCCGUCUUCAAAACAUCCUCGCCGUUCACGGAGACAAAAUGGCCUGAAGUAUCACGCGAAGAUGAGGAGGUCAUAUUAGAACUGCUGUGCAAUCUCAUCACACCACUGGGUGACCACCGUAGAACCCAUGUCCACCCGUCCAAAGGCAGGAAGCGGAAACGCAGCACCAAAGCAGACGACAAUGAAUCCACCACGUCUGAGACUGCACCUCCCGUACCAGACAUUGGAAAGCAUCUGCUUGUUGGCCUCAACAGCGUGACGCGACAUCUAGAAGCCUUGGCUGCCAAAAACGCUCCAUCUACAGCACCUGUUGCGGAUCAAAAAUUUACCCAAGAUGACCCAGAAGAAAAAGACGCGCCAAAAGGCCAUCCUGAAGAAGCCCUCAGACCCCUAAGCAUGGUCGUACUAACCCACCCCAAACCCUCUCUAUCACCCGCACAUGCCCACCUCCCAACGCUGGUCCACCUAGCCACCCUCUCCCCACUAUCCGCUACUCCAAGCACACCCCAAACAGCCACACGACUCAUCCCAUUCCAAACAUCAGCGGAGUUCCGACUCGCAUCCAGCCUACACAUUCCCCGUGUUGGUGCUCUGGCCAUCUACGAAGGCGCCCCAGGAGCUAAGACGCUGGAAGAAUAUGUUCGCGAACAUAUCGGGCUGACGGAAUGCAAGUGGAUUGACGAGGCCAUGGGCGCAGAAUGGAAGGGUUUGAACGUCAAGAGUGAGAUUCCUGGGGCAAAGUAA